CGUAAAACAUUUUUAAACCUCUUUCGUAAAAUUCCACAGGUUGGUCGUGGGCCGACAAAUUGCUGUUGGCCGCCGUCGAAUUCCAGGACGGCGUGAACAUAGUGUGUACUCCGAGUCCGGGGGACGUGCAACGUUUCAGUAUAUCGCUUUCGGAACCCGAACAGGAAAUAUUCGCGUCCCGCAGCCUGGGCCGGGCCGCGGACAGACAACGGUAUUCCGCUCGGGCGGACACGGUAUCCAAUAAAUUCAAAACGGUUCGAGGCAUGUCGUUUUUGGACGCCGACAGCUCGUUAAACGACAAGAAAAACUCUCCUGCAAAGUCCACCGUCACCUCGUACGCACGUCUACAGUGGCAGAGCCCCAUGACCGCGACGAUUGCGUCCAACAGAUACAGGAGCAACCACCGGGUGCUGGGAAACAUCGUCAACUCUUUGAUCAAUUUGCAAAAGUACACAGUGUUGCAGGAAAUGUGUUCGGUGCUGCCGGAGGACAAGCAGGGACCGGUGCUGGACGACAUCCGAAAGAUCAGCAAAGAGAGACGGCGGCAACGGGUCGCGGCACCGACGUCCGCGGCGACGGCCCUGCGCGGCCGGUCACCGACAGACCAGCUGACCGGCGUCUACCGGUCGACGUCCGAACUGUCGUACGCCCCGGCCCCGGCCGCCGACGAGGGCGACGGCCACAGGGCGAGUGGCCCGCGGACGGCCGACGCGGGCACUCUGAUGGCCACGGUGCGGGCGGCCAGGCGCAGACAGUCCAUGUCGGCCACGGUGGUCUACAACCCGGCGUUCUACGAGCCUCCACAGCCCGUGGCCGCUUUGCCGGCCAUCAACCCGGCGGGCCAGCCGUAUCUGCGCAUGACACCCGAAAACGGGUUCAGUCUGCAUGGCGGCGGAAAUCCGGAUCCGGAACCUCAGUAACCAGCUCGGCGCUAAGAAAUCACCACGACGAUGCGCGGGGAAACGGUCCGACGAGCCAAAAUUAUUGUAAUAUGUGUGUAAGAAUAUUAUAUUUUCACAGGUCGCGGCUAAAUGAGAUCGUACGCGAUAUAUGAUCGUGAAAAUAAAAUAUAAUAAAUGUUUUCGACUAUAUAUAUUUUAAUGACUAAUAACGAUGCACCUUAACCCUAAAUUAUUAUUCUCGUUAAAAAUAAUCACGAGAUUCUUUGCUCACGGUCUUUUUGACAGUGUAUUGAAAUAUAUCAUAAUUAAAACUCGAUAAAUUGAAAUAAUUAUCAUUUUAUUGCUCUUAAAUAAAUAAAAAUUGUCAAAUAUGC